AUGGACAGCACAGAGAAACCAGUAAGAAAUGCCAGAAGACGAAGAGAAAAAAUUGAAAAACCAGAAAAGGAUUAUGAAAUGCUACAACAAUCAUUACUAAUUGCGUUAGCAUCACCAUACUGCGAAAUUAGUUUAUCUAAACCACUUACAAAAACAAAAACAAUACCACCAAUCUUUAAGAUUCAGAAUAUAAAAUUUGAAAAAGAAGAAAUGGAUUUUGGUAGUGUUGUUGAAGAAAAAACUAAACAAAUUGUUUCAAAUGAGGUAAAUCAUGGAAUCGAUGAAAAUAAAGCAAAACGCCAUAGUGAAAUAAAUAGAAUUAGUAUUGCAGUAAAUAUGUUAUUUGAUAUUUGUCUUGAACUUGGAUAUUUCUUCACUUUAAAAAAAUCUAGGAAAAUGUCUUCUACAAUACGAAUCGAUCGUAUUGAACAAGUCUAUUUAAAUGGUUCAUUAAUUCUAUCUAAAAAUCAAGUAAAAGAAUCAAGUUUUAAAGCAUAUAAUAUUCUGAAUGCUCUUUUUGAUACUAAAGAAACUAUUGUUAUACCUCAAAAUUGUUAUGAGUUAAAAGAAGUAAUUCCUUCUUUAUCAUAA